UGGCAUUGAGGAAGAGUACCCUGCUGCCCGUGGAUCGAAUACUCCCGCCCGAACGCACUGCCCGGAUCAGCCUGCUCAGACUCAUAGCUCCUCAGUGUGGCAAAUCACUUUGUCUAGUUCACUGGAGAGAGAGGAGGAAGCUGACUUAAUGGGUCCCGUCUGACACACUAUCGCACCAUCACCAGACACUACAGGAUUUGCCUCCCUGAGAAGAGCAGCAGAUCCAAUGUCCUUGUAAUGACGUGGCUCAGGUUUGACCUCGGAGAUGCCGAAGAGACGAGACAUUCUGGCCAUCGUGUUGAUCGUGUUGCCUUGGACGCUACUCAUCACUGUUUGGCAUCAGAGUGCCAUCAACCCCUUGCUAGCUGCUCGAAAGGAUGACAGACAUGAGAGUCGACGAGACUCCCGGAACACCUUCACCCUCAAGAAGCCCUGCUCCUCUGAAAACAACAAGGACAUUGUGGAGGUGGUACACACCGAAUACGUCUACAGCCGCCCGCCGCCCUGGUCUGAUGUCAUCCCCACCCUCCACGUCAUCACCCCAACCUACAGCCGACCGGUCCAGAAGGCAGAGCUGACACGUCUGGCCAACACCUUCCUCCACGUGCCUAACCUGCACUGGAUCCUGGUGGAGGACUCUCAGCGACGAACCCCGCUGGUGACCAGGCUUCUCCGGAAAACAAGCCUGAACUACACUCACCUCAACGUGGAGACACCCAGGAACUAUAAGCUGCGUGGGGACACGAGGGAACCCAGGAUACCCCGGGGAACCAUGCAGAGGAACCUGGCCCUGCGCUGGCUCCGAGAGACUUUCAGCUCCAACAAUAGACACAGCCAGCCAGGUAUCGUCUACUUUGCAGAUGAUGACAACACCUACAGUCUGGAGCUGUUUGAGGAGAUGCGUUCAACGAGGAAGGUGUCGGUGUGGCCUGUAGCCUUUGUGGGCGGCCUGCGCUACGAGUCCCCUCAGGUCAACACCCUGGGCAAGGUGUAUGGAUGGAAGACUGUGUUUGACCCCCACCGACCCUUUGCUAUAGACAUGGCUGGGUUUGCGGUGAACCUCCGCCUCAUUCUCUUUAAACCUCAGGCCUACUUCAAGCUGCGGGGAGUCAAGGGAGGAUACCAGGAGAGCAGCUUACUGCGUGAGCUGGUCACCCUGAAUGACCUGGAGCCCAAGGCUGCUAAUUGCACUAAGGUACUUGUAUGGCACACUAGGACAGAGAAGCCUGUUCUGGUGAAUGAGGGAAAGAAAGGAUUUACCGACUCCAACGUGGAGAUAUGAAACUUCUUCCAACACAGGUAAUAAGAAAGCUUUAAAGUGACUGGGAUUAUGUAGGAUUUAAUAUUCCUGUACCAUUCCCAAAGUUCCCAGGUUUUUCAAAUGGAAUUUUGCAACCUUAUGUCUGAGGGCCAACCUGUCUAUCUGAGCCUCUGUGAGCUUAUUAUUAUUAUAUUAAAGCAUUUAAUAUUAUUUUAUUAUUCAUAGAGUAAAGCUUUGCUGAAUCUGUCUGAAUUUGUAUAACUUGACAGGUGAUCCAUACUAAAAAGCUAUUUUUAUGGUUUAAUGUCUAUGAACCCCUCUUCAAAACCAUUUGCCUAAACAAUUCUCUCCAUGUUUGGUACAUUCUCCAUUGAGAAUGUAACUCUGAAAUAAUUUCUUAAUUAUGUAUUUUCUUUAUCUCCUAAGCCCAUAUACUUUAUACCAUUGAGUUAUUACAGGUAAUAAAUAUAUGACUGUCAUUCCAAACGGACUGACUAAAGACAAGCUCCAGGCAGGCAGGAUUGGAGUUUAAUAUGUAUUUACAGUAAUAGUACUGUAAAGGGAGUCAGACAGCCACCUUGUCUACUACAAGCAGCACAUAGCCACGUAUCAAUACAGGCGUAGAAUAUCAAAGCAUAGCUUCAAAGAUGAUGGUGAUACUGUAUCUAGCUAAGCGUUUUACUGAUGCAUCGAUGGAAGCUGUACACGAGGAGCUAGCCAGUCGCCAGAGUGCAGCUUAAGACAAAAGACUGUCGGUGGUUCAUUACAGUGGCCAAUUAGAAGCAUUGUCAACCCAGCCGACACAAACCAACUGUCCAAUCAACAUCCUCAAAACUAGGUACUGGACCAAACCGGACCAAUCAGGAGACCCGAAUGGCCCUUGUUUGCUGGUGAUUGGGCUCCCUUUGUCGUGGAGCGGACUGUUCUUGGGGUGUGGAGCAGAGCUGGAUAAAGGGGUCCUUGUCUGACUCGAGUCAGCAUUGACUGACAGACUGAUCUGGAGAGGACAUGAACCCUUCCCACGUUCCACUGUAAAACACUGAGCUAUUCAGGCAGCUCCACUCCCUCAAAUCACUAAUUAGGACACGUCUCACACACACAAACACGUCUCAUACACAUACACAGAUAGGCGUGCACAGUGUACACACAUACAAAUGCGUGUGCACAGACACACACAUACACACAGACAUGCACACACAUAUAUGAGCGGGUGCGCAUGCGUGACGCACAUGCACACAGACUUUUGGUUAUUUGUUUUUUGUCCAUUUGCACAUUUACUGAACACAUAACACUACUGAUUGUAUCAGCACUUUAAGAUCAGGCUCUGCUGCCUAUGUUAAUUUUAGUGUGAAAUGCUGUUUCACCUCCAACAGAAAAUAGGUGAGGACAUUUGCCAGUGAAAUCGUUUUAUUUAUUUUUUUAAUUACAAUGCUAGUCAAUGCGAUAUUAUUAUUUCACAACACAUACUACAGUCACAGGAUACAUGCCAGUAAUAGUCUUCCCUUGAUACAGUAUGUCAUUUUCUGACCAGUCUGGACCCCAAACGCCACUUAUUGACCUUUGAUUUGAUAUUCAAAGAUAAACAGAAGGAAUACUUCUGCAUUGUAAACUGCCACUGUAAUAUUUAUAUGUAAAUACGAUCAUAAAAAUUGACUUAGUAUGUCAGCAUCUCUUUG